AGAGCUUAAGUAGAUAUGGCGAAAGGAGUCUAUUUCCUUGCAUUUGUUGUUCUCUUGUCAACAGCAUCCUCCCUUGUCUUUGCUGAGGAUCCCAGCCCACUUCAGGACAUUUGUGUUGCAAUUGAUGACCACAAGUCUGAAACUGCUGUGUUCGUCAAUGGAAAAUUCUGCAAGGAUUUGAAGUAUGCCGAGGCCAAAGAUUUCUUUUUCCCUGGGCUCCAAAAUCCUGGGAAUACAGACAAUCGAGUUGGGUCAAAUGUCACUGCUGUGAAUGUGGACCAAAUACCUGGCCUCAACACUCUAGGUAUAUCUUUGGCUCGUAUUGACUUUGCACCAUAUGGCCAAAAUCCUCCCCACACUCACCCUCGUGGUACUGAGAUUUUGGUAGUCGUAGAAGGUUCUCUCUUAGUUGGCUUUGUCACAUCCAACACCGAGAACCGCCUUUUCACCAAAGUUCUAAACAAGGGAGAUGUCUUUGUGUUCCCAAUUGGUCUUAUUCACUUCCAAUUCAAUGUGGGACACUCCAAUGCUCUAGCCUUUGCUGCUUUGAGUAGCCAGAAUGCAGGUGUCAUCACGAUUGCAGACGCUGUUUUUGGAUCUGAUCCUCCCAUCAAUCCUGAUGUUCUCGCCAAGGCCUUCCAACUUGACAAGAAUAUUAUUGAAGAGCUUCAGAAAAAGUUCGAAUACUAAAAUUAGAAAAACUUGUGAAACGGUUAUCAACCCUUCAUAGCAAUAUUAAAAUAAAAGGUUGCUUAUGUAACGCUCUCUAAGUGGAGUUGGAGUAUAAAAUAAUGUUGACGUUA